AUGAUGCGAGCCAGCUUUCACGUGAUGACUCCUCUGGUGGGAAUAAGAGAGACCACAUUCACAAGGAGACGCGUUCGUAGACCAAAUGGUGACUGGCUCGUGUUUGACUUGCCCAUGAACGACAACGAGCAGCAGCUGCCUUUCAUACGCGGUUGCCUGGUGAGCAGAAAUGAUGACCAGGUUCCCGGAAUCUCACGUGUAACUUGGUUACAACUAGCGCAAUACAGACUUCCUGUUGAAGCCGGGCUGCUUGAGGGUGGUCGAGGCUUCGGGUCUCGCCGUUGGUUUGAGACGUUGGCCAGAGAAUGCCGGCUUGCAAGAGGAAGAAAGACAGUUUCUUGUUUUGGCUCAAAGGAUGACCCGCAUCUUCUGCUUGGGCAUCUCCGGGCCGGUCGUUUGAUACAGAUCCGAUAA